AUGAAAGUUGACAAGCCCUUGAUUCUUUUUGCGGCGCGAAGAGUAUUCUUUGCCUCCCAUUCGAUGAAUGGACCAUCGCGAAUGAUUUUUCUCAUCGUGCACAGCUUUGUUGAGAAGGCGGUGGUAUCUGGAAUUGUGCCUGAAUACGUUGACAUAUUGAAGAACUUUGCCACAUCAGAAUAUGCGGAGGACAGCAUAAUUCGUUCGUUGAGUGAGAAUAACCGAACCGUGGUGUUUUAUGGAGACGAGACUUGGACAAAGUUAUUUCCACACUCCUUCGCUCGGUCGGUCCCUGUGGCCUCGUUCAUACUCUCUGACUAUACUGAGGUGGAUCAGAUUGUGACGCGGAAUAUGGUCAAAGAGCUGGCGUUAAAUGAUUGGAACGUGAUGAUACUGCAUUAUUUGGGAUUGGAUCACAUUGGACAUACGUACGGUUCUAACAGCCCGUUAAUAUCUACGAAAUUGAGCGAGAUGGACCAGAUUAUUGAAAGGCUUUAUAUGGCAUUAUCGGCGGUAUGA